UUUGGCACAAUCAUAAGCCCUCUCUCAACCAGUCAUGGUAUUAAAUUAAGCCUGGCCAAAGCCUGGAGAGGAUUUUACGCCGUCACCCGAAAUCUUCCCAUACCUGAUUGCGCUUCAGCUCGCUGUCGACAUGGCCGUGUAUCGAUCCCCUUCGUAUGCUGAGACGCGUAACUGUGUGGUGAAUGGAGUCAGCAGAACUGCCUUGAGCGAGUCCUCCUCUAUUUACAGUGAUUUUAAGGAACUACCUGCAAUUGACAGUGACUCCAUCAUCUGCACUCAUGAUCCAUUUAACAUAAUCGAAGAGUCUUUGGAUCAUUGUGACAACAUGCUUCAAACAAGUGACAACAAGGUACAUGUGGCCAAUAACCUCAUGGACAUGGACCAGGACCCUCGCAAACGGCUGUGUUUCGCUGAUGGGCGAAGAAAAGUGGACUAUGUGCUGGUCUACCACUACCGAAAACGUUCCUCUGUCAGGGGGUCCCCUAGUCAACAUAGACUGUCCAUCAUCUCCAAUGGUAGUUAUCCUUUAGGAGUGGAGGACAAAGACCUAGAGGGAGGGAAGGAUGAACCCGCGGAGGUGGUGGUGAACAUUGGACCAACAGACCCAGCCGAUGGGGAGAAGAUCAUGAUCCGAGAGGAGUUUGAGGGCAAAUUAAAGGACGCAGGGCUGGAAAUUGAGCGUGAUAAAGAGAACAAGGACCAUGGUCACGCCUUCAUCCGACUUCAUGCGCCUUGGCAUGUGUUGAGUAGAGAAGCAGAGUUUCUCAAGAUCAAGGUGCCCACCAAGAAGAGUUACGAGUUAAGAGAAGAUAAAGGUCUGGCUGCCACCGUGAAUGAAGUGUGGAGGAAGAUAAAUCAACCGUUUCAACCAAAUGUCCCCCACCAGGAGCAAGAGCAUAGCCGGACCAAGUUCCUCUCACACUGCUUCUCCCGGGACAAGCUCCACCUGUACAACAUAAACUCAAAGGACACGUUCUUCGACAAUGCUACAAGGAGCCGAAUAGUGUAUGAAAUCCUCAGGAGAACAGCCUGCACACGGACCUGCCAAACCAUGGGUAUCACCACGCUAAUAGCUAAUGGAGUUUAUGAUUCAGCUUUCCCGUUGCAUGAUGGAGACUUUCGGCCCACUGGGCAAGCCGAUGGAAAGAAUGACAGACAGUUGUUACAUGAUGAAUGGGCAAGAUAUGGUGCUUUUUACAAGUAUCAGCCUGUUGAUCUUAUCAGGAAGUACUUUGGGGAGAAGAUUGGUCUCUACUUUGCCUGGCUUGGUCUCUAUACUCAGCUGCUGAUCCCUGCAUCUGUGGUGGGCAUCAUUGUGUUUUUCUAUGGCUGGGCAACUGUGGAAACGAACAUACCCAGCCAGGAGAUGUGUGACGAAGAUCAGAACUUCACCAUGUGUCCCCUCUGUGAUCGGUCAUGUGACUACUGGCAUCUGAGCACAGCGUGUGGCACAGCGCGUGCCAGCCAUCUCUUUGACAACCCUGCCACCGUGUUCUUUGCCAUCUUCAUGUCCCUCUGGGCUGCAAUGUUUCUAGAGCACUGGAAGCGCAGACAGAUCAGUCUGAACUAUAGCUGGGAUCUGACAGGCAUGGAGGAGGAGGAGGAACACCCCAGACCCAAAUAUGAAACGAUACUGCUUCAGAAAAGGCAGAGGAAGAAGAAAAAUAAGAAGAGCAAAAAUGAGUCUGAGAGAGGUGUGGAAGGGAGCGGGGAGCUGGAAAAGGACAAAUGGAGACAGAGGUUACUGUCAGCCAUGGCUGCUGGGAAUCCGCCUGGACACGAGAAACUAACAUGGAGGGACAGACUGCCUGGAUAUUUAAUCAACAUUUCCUCCAUUCUCUUCAUGUUUGGAGUGACAUGCUCUGCCGUGUUCAGUGUUAUCAUUUACCGCAUCACAAUCUCCGCCCUCAUGGCGAUGAGCCCAGAUCCAGAGGUCAAGUCUAACGUGCGGGUGACCGUCACAACCACUGCUGUUAUCAUCAAUCUGGUGGCCAUUCUCAUUCUAGAUGAGAUAUACGGCAUGGUGGCUGUCUGGCUUACAGAACUGGAGAUCCCCAAAACAGAGACGAACUUUGAGGAGCGUCUGAUUCUGAAGGCUUUCCUCCUGAAGUUCAUGAAUGCUUAUGCACCCAUCUUCUACGUGGCCUUCUUCAAAGGGAGGUUUGCAGGCCGCCCUGGUGACUAUGUUUAUGUCUUCAAUGACUACCGUAUGGAAGAGUGUGCUCCUGGAGGCUGCCUGAUUGAACUCUGCAUUCAGCUCAGCAUCAUUAUGUUGGGGAAGCAGCUUAUUCAGAAUAACAUCUUCGAGAUUGGCAUUCCAAAGCUGAAGAAGCUGUGUCGCACCCUGAAGGACAAGGAACGGGCCCCAAAGGAGAUUAUGGAGCAGCCGGGUCGCCGCCAACAGUGGCACCUAGACUAUGACCUGGAGCCAUUUGACGGUCUCACACCUGAAUACAUGGAGAUGAUUAUUCAGUUUGGUUUUGUGUCACUAUUUGUGGCCUCAUUCCCACUGGCUCCACUUUUUGCCCUCCUAAACAAUGUCAUUGAGAUCCGUCUCGACGCCAAGAAGUUUGUCACAGAGCUUCGAAGGCCGGAUGCCGUGAGGGCUAAAGAUAUUGGUAUCUGGUACAACAUCCUGAGUGGUAUGGGCAAAUUCUCAGUCAUCAUCAAUGCAUUUGUCAUCUCCUUCACGUCAGAUUUUAUCCCUCGCCUGGUCUACCAGUACAUGUACAGCGAGACGGGCACCAUGCAUGGCUUCAUCAACCACACACUCUCUUACUUCAAUGUCAGCAACUUUAAAGCAGGAACAAUACCAAACAUCUCCAGUCUUGGCAAAGACAUCACAGUCUGCAGGUACAAGGACUACAGAGAACCACCAUGGUCGUCUGAGCCUUACCAAUUCUCCAAACAGUACUGGUCGGUUCUAGCGGCUCGGUUAGGCUUCGUCAUAUUGUUCCAGAACCUUGUGAUAACCAUGAGCAUGCUGGUGGCCUGGGUGAUCCCGGAUGUGCCCAAGAACAUCAGUGAGCAGCUGAAGAAGGAGAAGACCCUUCUGGUGGAUGUCUUCUUGAAUGAGGAAAAGGAGAAGCUACAGCUUAUUCAGAGUUUGUUCUCCAAAGACCUGACCCAAGAACAGCAGGAGGAGCUGCAGGUCUCAGAUCAAGCCUCUCAGCUCUUCCAGCAAACCAACCCUGGUCCGGCCCUUCCCGCACCCACCCCGGCCCCACCCCUGGCCGCCACAGCCCCUCGCACCCGACCUCGUGCGGCAAGCUUCAGCCAAUUCACCCGUCAGAUGUCCAUGUCUCCCCGCAGUGACAUCACCCAGCAUACAGCCGUGUGAGGGAGGUUGGGUGAGAGGACAGGUGUGAGUCUACCGGUGGAGUGUCUUUAAGAGUGCCUGAGCGCUGGAUUUGAGGAUUUGGAGUGGGAGGGAAGUUUGAGGCUCUGUGUUUGGAGUUUUGGGAAUAUGGUGCCCUCUUUUCCGUGGAACAAGAGAGGAUGCUCUCCUUUUGGUUACUGAACUGUAUGUUUGAAUGUCUGUCUACAGGCUCCAUGUCUGGUUUUUGAACCCUCGGAUGUCUGUUUUGAGGGACAUCUGACACAUAAACGUUGCCACAGAGCUGAGCUUCAAUAGGACCGCUUGCAGAUGCAAUCUUUCCAUAUGCGUUGGCGUUUGACAAGCACUGGAACGCGUGCGGAUGCUGGAAUCUGAUGGUCUCACAUCCAGGGGGCCACUUGAAGACCUUGGAAUGUUUUCUCCCCUGACCUGUUCUUGAUCUGGUCUUAAAUGAGUGUUUGUCGGCACAAACUCAUAGGAGUUACAUACAGACAUUGCAUAAUCUGUAAAUGCUGUCCAAAAGCAAAGUGCUUUGCACAUUGUUCAUGAGAUGUAGCAUAUAACGGCAAAUAAUAACCUUUCAUUUUCUCAGGUAACAGCAUCACUUGUAGGUUGUAUUUGUUCUAAUAAAUAUGACCGUUCUUGGUUUUAAUAAAGAGUAUGAUAUGUGUUAGUUUAAUUAAGAACACAAAUUUAACGUGCAAUGGUACUACAACGUAUUCUGUGAUCUCAAACGUGGCGGAAAUGUACUGUUUUGUCUUUUUAAAGAUCCAGCCCUCUCGUAAUGUAACACAUGAACUGAACUCCAAUGUACAAGCACAAUUAAGGCAACAUGUAAUUAAACUCACGUUUUGUCAAUCCAUAUAUUUAUGCUAUGCCUCCUGAUGUACAGGGCUGCUACAGUAGAUUCAGAUCACACAGCGUUAGCUGUAUUAAUGAUUGUGGAGCAGCUGGUCUUUUUGUGCCAUGUCAACUAUUAUCCUCCUGUGGGUUUGCCGUCACCAGUGUGGGAGGGUGGGGGCUAACUGUCAUCCAGGGAGGAAACGGGGAAGCAGGGAUGGAUGUUGUGUGCCAACAUCUGGCCAUCAAAUCAUCAUUCUCUAUGCCUCAUAGGACGUAAUACUCAUGCAGAAAAAUAAAUAUUUAAUCCCAAUUAUGCGCAGGUGGAUUUUCUUUCUUGCCCUCAAGGGCUUGUACUACAAUUCCCCGGGGUCAAUUAAUUUGUGUUCCUAACUUCUAGCAGCUGCGCAGGUUGUUUGUUAGACUAAAGGGGCGUUCACACUGUUCUAUUUCCACUGUACUUUCAAUUUGUACAUUUCAAUUUAGUUUAGUUUUUGUUAGUUUUCC